CAAUCGUUCCGCUGUUUUGCGUCCAUCGAUGGCCGCAUCGAAAGCUUGCAGUUUGUGGACACAAACGCUAAUACUGUCGAGCGUUUCGAUCAAUUGGUCUCCCGUUUCGAUGGACUGUCCGAUGAGUGGAAGAAUCGAGUGAUUUAUAUUUCGGGCCAACAACUGGACACUAAUCUAUGGCCGACUGAUCCCAAUUGUCGGCUCAUUGUUAUGCAUAUAAAGCAUAUAAAUCUUAAGCAUUUGGAUUAUUAUCGACAAAACGUUUUGAUUUUGAAUGGAUUUGAUGUGCGAUUGGAGACAAUAAUUGCAGAUUUCUUUAAUGGUCGAGAUUUGGCGGCUGUAGUGAUGCCUAAAGAUAUGACAUUUCGACUUAUUAUAGAUUUCAUAAUUCAUUUGAUGGCCAAAAAAGAGACACACAUUUGCGGCAAAUAUAUUCACUAUCUAUUGCCGCGUCUAUUGGCGUAUCGUUUGCCGCAUAAUAUCCUUCUGAAGCCGUUUCGGAAAUCCGGACUAAAUUUAUGGCAAAAAGAAAAAAAAAAACUCGAUAUAUAUUUGUUUGGCUCGAUUGGCGGGUAUAUCGGUAUCAGUACUGCCAUCACGAAGAACGGCGCCCAACACAUCACAAACACACCUUGGUACGAGUUAUCAUAUCAGGGUAAU